AAAGGAAACGAAACGACCCUGAGCGUUCCAGGAUUUGGUUGCUUCGGCUUUACAAAAUCUGGCAGCAACCCAGUACCUACCCAGAGAAAAGGGAUCAAAGUUUCUGAUCGAAGGAUCGUCCAAAUCACGAUGCGUCUGCUCCACUAGUGAUUCAAGAUGCAAUCAAGAACCGUCGGACAAGUUCCGGCGUUGUUUUCUCACAAAACCUUCUCUUUCCAUCAAAUUUUGGUCCUCAUCAUCACCUUCAUAGCCUAUGCCUCCUUCCAUGCCUCUCGUAAACCUCCGAGCAUCGUCAAGAGCGUCCUUGGACCUUCCGUUAGAUCAAAUUCUUCAACGAUUGAUAAUGGAUGGGCUCCAUUUAAUGGAGCUAAAGGAACCCAGAGACUCGGUGAGCUCGAUCUUGCUUUCCUUUCGUCGUAUGCUCUGGGUAUGUAUUUCGCGGGGCAUUUAGGAGAUAGAAUCGAUUUGAGAUACUUUCUUGUGUUUGGAAUGAUGGGAAGUGGGAUUCUCACUGUUGUUUUCGGAUUAGGGUAUUGGAUGAAUGUGCAUUUGCUUGGGUUUUACAUGAGUGUUCAGAUUGUUUGUGGUUUGUUUCAAUCUAUUGGGUGGCCUUGUGUUGUCUCUAUUGUUGGGAAUUGGUGUGGGAAAGAGAAACGUGGAUUGAUUAUGGGUGUGUGGAAUUCUCAUACAUCUGUUGGUAAUAUCGUCGGCUCGGUAAUCGCUUCAUCGGUUCUCGAUUUCGGAUGGGGAUGGUCUUUUGUUUUGCCUGGUUUUCUUGUGAUUGUAUCUGGAUUGGUUGUGUUUUUGUGUUUAGUCACGAGUCCUAAUGAGUUAGGGUUUGAAGAACCGGGGAAAGAGAUUGAGAUGAGUUUAGCUGAGCAUGUAGAUGAAAGUUUGAGAAAAACGGAAGCUGAGGAUGCAGGGCUUAUUGAAACUAUAGAACUGGAUGAUUCCUUGUCAGCUAUUGGAUUUAUCGAGGCGUGGAGAUUGCCUGGUGUUACACCUUUCGCUUUCUGCUUGUUUUUCUCGAAACUCGUCGCUUACACGUUCCUCUAUUGGUUACCAUACUACUUGAGGCACCAAGCUGUUGCGGGUGUUUAUCUCUCCCACAAGACCGCUGGGAUUCUCUCGACAGUAUUUGACAUAGGAGGAGUGUUUGGUGGAAUAUCAGCAGGGUUCAUUUCCGAUAAAAUCAAAGCUCGUGCCCUCACAUCAAUCGCAUUCUUCUCACUCUCCAUUCCUGCCUUAAUUAUGUACAGAAUCUAUGGGAGUGUGUCUAUGUUCAUCAACGUUGCCUUGAUGUUUAUAUCCGGGUUAUUAGUAAAUGGUCCUUAUGCACUAAUAACCACAGCCGUUGCAGCUGAUCUUGGAACACAAGACUCCAUUAAAGGGAAUGGUCGGGCAUUAGCGACAGUAACAGCUAUUAUAGACGGUACUGGUUCCGUUGGGGCAGCUCUGGGACCGCUGCUCGCUGGUUACAUAUCGAGCAGAGGGUGGAACAGUGUUUUUUUCAUGCUUAUUGUUUCGAUUUUCUUUGCGGGUUUGUUCUUGAUUCGGCUUGCAAAGGCCGAGAUCAAAGAAAUGAGUUCCAGAGAAUUGAUAGGGUCUAGUGAUUCUUAAAGCUGAUGGUUUUUGAUCCCAGAGGAUUUGUAUACAAAGGUAUUAUCAGGUACAUAGAUUCAUACCAUACCAUACCAUACAAAUUAAGACACCACCUGAUGAAGAUGCAGCAAAUUCUGCUCUUUUUUCUUAUUACUCACAAAAUGUAGUCGAAUGUUUUGGUGAAUUGUGAUUAGAUUGUAAAUUUAACAAAAAAAAAAAAAAUACUACUGUGAAGAAAAUGGUUAGACCUGUAA